CCAAAAUUUCUCAAAAAUUCGUUAUCUCCAAAAAUGCAAACUUUUUCAUUUUCACCCUUUAUCUUCAAUCUUCCAAAACCCCAAAUUCCACCCUCUUUUAUCCCCAAAUGUCAUUCAUCGAUUCAAUCCACCGAUUACGAAACCGAAAGGGGUCUCCAAUUUCAAGUGGGUGAUUCCUUCUUUCGACACGAGAGCUUCAUAGGCCGGGACCUCGGGGUCCUUUCUGCCGCCCACUACAAGCGUUCGAACCCCGAAUUACGGGUUCUCGAUGCAAUGUGUGGCUGUGGGGUGCGGUCGCUUCGGUACUUAGCCGAAUCGGGGGCCGAUUUUGUGUUAGUUAAUGAUGCAAAUGAGGAAAACAGGGGAUUGAUAAUGGAUAAUUUGUCUCAAAUUCCGAAGAAUUUAGAGGGUAAAAAGAAAUGGGUAAUUACCCAUUUAGAUGCUAAUAGAGUAAUGAGUGAGUGUUAUCUACAAAGGGAUUUUUUCGAUUUCAUUGAUGUUGACUCAUUUGGUAGUGAUUCAAGCUUCUUGAGAUCGGCUUUUAAUGCUAUAAAAAUGGAUGGUUUGGUUUAUGUUACCUCAACUGAUGGCUACUCGGCUGGAGGACAUCGUCCCCAUAAUUCUCUAGCUUCUUAUGGAGCUUAUAUUAGGCCAAUGCCUUAUCCAAACGAGAUUGGCUUAAGAAUGCUAGUAGGAGGUGCAGUUCGUGAAGCUUGUGUGAUGGGAUACCAUGUCACUCCUCUCUUUUCAUACUACUCUUACCAUGGACCUGUGUUUCGAGUUAUGUUACGAGUUAGCCGUGGGAGGCUAAUUGACAUGAGACAUUAUGGAUUCAUAAGCUACUGUCGUGAUUGUGGAAAUUCUCAGACAUUUACCUGGCAAGAACUUGGAAAGAUCUGUUGCUCCAACUGCAGCACUAAGCCGCCUUCUGGUGGUUCACUUGUUGUCUCAGGGCCCCUUUGGACUGGACCACUCCAUGAUGGUGCCUACCUUGCAGAGUUAUUAGAUCUGGCUCGACAAUGGGGGUGGAUAGGUAAUGGCAUGGGCCUCGAGUUGGAGAAAGUCAUUAACCUGAUGAUUGGUGAAAGCGAUCCAAAAUUACCAUCAGGUUAUAUCAAAAUAGAUCAGAUAGCUAAACGUGCAAAAGUAAAUUCUCCGUCCCUCAGAAGUUUGAUAAGCACCCUGCAGAAGGAGGGUUAUGCUGCUAGCAGAUCCCAUAUUGUAUCAAACGCGAUCAAGACAAAUUGUCCAAUGACUACUUGCAUUAGUAUUGCAAAGGACCUUAACAAUUCGACAACUACAACCCAAGCAUGAAGCAGACCGGAGUUAAACUUACAAGUUAUUGGUCCAUAAUAAGACGUGCAGUUGGGAGUUCCAACAAGAAGAAAAGCAAGAUGAUGUAGCUUGGCAAAUCUCAGGCAACACAUCUUGAUUCAGCGGACAGCCGGACACCAGUGCAAAAGGCAGACAAUUCUGAUCCAGUUGUGGCAUAAAACAGAAGAGGGAUUGGAUUAACUGAGGACUCACACAGAACUGACUUUAAGUACAAACUCUUUACCUUCAGUAGGUACAAGGGAAUGCACGAGAAGGUGACAGUUUCAGCUCCAUUGUUCGGAUGUUUAGUUGUCCUUGUAAAUGUACAUGUACUUGAACUGACAGACAGCAAAUUUUGUCUUAAAAAAAUAUUUUUAAGGCUUAAGCACCAGAUAGAAAAUUUCACCUAUGCAUAAAACCUCAGUGUCCCACCUACAUUUGAAUUGAUAAUAACAAAUAUUUUGGUGGUGCUACAGCCAGAUACAACCAAGUAUAACUCAUUGGAUUCAUAAUUGUGGUAAAUUUUGUUGGUAAUAUGAACAAUUGGUCUGUCUUUGGUGGAAGUGAUUCUUAUUUAAUUUAGCUUGUAAUUCUAGUUAAUCUUGUACCUACAUUCACUGUAUUCUUUGAGUUCAGAAUAGGCUUUGAGCUGUCCAUAGAAGCUUGGCAUUGUGAAAUGUUCAUGGUCCAUUUCGCCUAAGCAAAUACUACCUCUAAAGUGUCAUUUUAACUUGA